GAUUUUGGCAGGACCUGACUUUUUUUUCAUUCUCGGGCUCUGCAAUGCAACUUUAGUCCCGACCCCCGUCCCUUCCUUCAGCCUGUCAGGGUGCUGUCCUUGCCUGUCAGAGGGCCUGUGAGGCGUCAUGUCCUGUCUCGUCCUAUCAUGUCUGUCUACCGCUUGGCUCCUGCAGCCUCUUCGGCGCCUCUAUCCAAGACCACGUCCGUGUCCGCAUUCGGCAACCCAGGCGGAGCUGCCCGUCCUUCUCUUCGUUUCUUCAUGCUCUCAACCCCUGAAGUAUACCAUUCCCAGGGUGGCAGCUCGGACGCACAGUCGAAGUUCGAAUGCCAAGCUGGCAGCUCGUUGUCGGGGACCUUGUAUCAUAUCCUGACCCACGCGGCGGCGGCGUCGUGGUCGUUGUUAUCGUCUUGGCAUCACAUUGAAGAACAUCAGCGAUCGAUGCUUAUUUCUCCCUGCUUCCCACCCCUCCCCCGACUAGAGCUCAGUGAUCCUCUUUCCUCAUCUCUCCCCCUCCUCCUCCUCCCUCCUCGUGUGUAUCUAUGUUCCCUGCCCGGCCUUGGCGUUUAUUUCCACCUUGACGUAUCCUUUAAUUCUUGUCCGUAAUACAUCUUCACGCCUUCGAGAGGACUGCGCCGCCGUUUUACGGUUAAGUCGUAUAACCACCGUAACCGUCUCUGUUAUCAAAAAGUCCUUCUUCCGCUCACCCGACUUACCCGUCCGCUUCCGGCCCAACCCGCGCCAUUGGCAGGAUCAAAGCUGCCACAGUAAUACGAGCAACUCCACGUCCGAUCCUCGCGCGUUUGGUCCUCUCCUACACUACUGCAAAGGACGCAUCGACGUACCUUGCAGAUCAAGUCGGCCCAGUUCUGCUCCGCCGGCCACUUCAGC